AUGUGCCUUGACGUGACUUUCAUGCAAUCCCCAUUAGACAAAACAAAUAAAGAACAUGCUCAUGUAAUAUUUGUGUACACAUCACAUCGAGAGAGCGAGAGACACAUCAAACAGAGUGACGACCUCCCGCUGCUUCAUAUCUCUACCAUAGAUACGAGUAGAUUCACUACAUCCGACUUGAGAUGUCAAACAUCAAGUCAACGCUCUUCUGUCAAACACUCUUAA